CAGUGACGUAUCGAACAUCGUAGAGCUCUGUGCACGAAUGCUAGAUCGAAAAAAAACGCGCAAAAGUCGUAUUUUUCGUGUGACAUGUCUUGAAUUUGAGGAUUUAUGAUGUGAUUAGGUGUUUAAAUGAGGUGAAAUCAAAAAAUAGGUAUGUUACAAAAUAAAAAAUGUAACGUCGAAAAGAGAUGUUUUCCUUCACCAAAUUACUUAUUAUGGUUCUGCAAUUCUGGACUAUCAAAUCAAAGUAUAUAGAAACAGUAACCAUAAGCGAUUGCGAAUCCUGCAGACUUCUAUUAACUUGUCGAGGUCUUAGUGCUGUUAUCGCGAUUUUGGAAGUCAAUUUUACACCAUACAACAUUGAAAAACAAACGGAAUUGACCACUUUUUGGAGUAAAGAAGAUGAUUACCCUCUUCGUCCAAUACAUCCUAGGGACGUUUUAAAUUAUCGAUGUUCUGGAAUGAACCAUUGCAGUUUUGAGCUAACCCAUGAUUGUCCAGAUUCAAAAAACUGGGGUCCAGGGAAUUUAACAGUAAAAUAUGCUUGUAUAUCAGAACGGGUGAUAACAAAAUACUGCAACAGUGUCAUCAAUUUGCCAAGCCCAAACAGUAGCGGGAUAUCGCAAGGAUUCAUCCAUAAUCCUGGAUAUCCGCUGUAUUACUCUGGAAAGGAGUGCCAAUGGAAGAUAAAAGCCCCGCCUAGUCAAAAGAUACAACUGUCUAUCAUCGAUUUAUCGCUUCACUCCAACCCUACCGACAGUGACUGUUCGGAUUACCUCGAAAUCCAAGACGAUACCCAAGUGGUAUACACCUCGUGCGUACAAGAGCACCCACCCAUAGUAUUAACUUCAUUUACAGAAGACUUUACCAUAGUGCUAAAAUCGCAAAAUGACUUCAACCCUCGCAGAGGAUUUUUCAUACACUACAGUGCCUUGGGGUGCCCCAUGCCGGAACUGCCCGAAGACGGUUACCUUGUUUACAGAAACGACACCGCUGCGGUGUUCCACUGCUGCGUGGGGUUUCAUUUUCCUGAUACAGGUGCUCGCAGGAAGGUGAUUUCCUGCGAAGGCGACCGCUGGAACGAGACACUGCCUUUGAUGAAUUGCGAAAGAGAUAUUCUUUCUAAUAUUCCUACCAAAAGUGUUACAUAUAAGGAAGAAAUGGCCUCAGAUUUAAUUGCCCCAACUUUGCUUAUAUUGGCUUUAUUCAUUGUGAAUGGAAUAGUGCUUUUUUACAUAUACACAGUGAAAAAAAGAAGUGCCAUAGAAGUUAAGGAGGAAGAACUAGGAACUUUAACAUUGAGCACCAGUACCCAUUCAAAUAGAUGAUUAUUAAAAGUAAUAAUAUUUAAACUAAAAAGUAUUUAAAGAUGUUUAUUGCAUAAUAUUUAUUGCCAUAGGAACCCAUAGUCAUUAACCAA